AAACAAUAUUAAUAUCAUUCUAACCUUUCUCACUUUGUAAUUUGCCUAAGGCACCAUCUGAGAAACCUGUAAUUUAUCUUUAUUGACCUCUUUUAAUCUCCGUCUUCAUCAGUUCAAGAAAUAUAUAUAUUAUAUUAGCACCAGAGAGAAUUCGAUUAAAAGACUAUGUCGACAAUAAGAUUGAUCGUAGUUCAUAGUUUGACCAAACUACAUAUCAAGCCCCGUUGCGAUUCUCAAACCUGCUUCAUCUUCAAUCCAAGUCAUCGUCUGGCAAUUUCAAAACAUGAGGAUGGUUCUUGUUUUCCGGCUAAUAUAGGCUUUCGAUAUCUCAGUAGUGACAACCGAUCGAAGAGGGAGAGCAAUACAAAGAUAAACUUGGCUGUCAAUAGCAGUACCCAGCCAGGACCUCCACUUCCUUCACAACCCCCUCCAAAUUCCUGGAAAAAUUGGAUUCUGGGCGGGCUAAUAGCCAUCGUCCUACCCUUUUUUAGGAAUAAAUGGGGGCCAUUAUUCAAAUUGACCAAGGAAGUUGAAGACGCAGUGGAGAGAGUGGAACAUGUAACAGAAGUUAUAGAGAAGGUGGCCGAGGAAGUGGAGAAGGUAGCGGAAGAUGUCGGGGAUGAGCUGCCGGAAGGUGGAAAGCUUAGAGGUGCGUUUGAAAGAGUUGAAAAUGUAGCCAAGAAAGCAGCUAAGGAUGCUCAUUUCGCAGAAGAGAUGAUUGACAAGGUUGAAGAAGUAGAGAAAGAAGUGGAGGAGUUCAUGGAACCAACCAAUCUUGAUCAACCCAAUGGGGCAGCCAAAGAAUCAAAUGAGAAAAAAUAGAUAGACAAAGCCAUGUUGCAAUUUGAUUUUUGUUACUCCAUUGAUUAAUUGUUGGUCUCUGUACUAUUCUUCAUUGUCACAAGCUAGUUUUAAUGUAUCUGCACACUUAAAUAAUUACAGAGAGACUUAUAAUUGGAUACUGAAA